CAAGUCGGGCAAAAAGUACAAUAUAACAACUGGCGUUCAGCUUUAACCAAUAGCCAGCCAGCCAGCCACAUUACAUACACAAACCCUAGCAUUCAAGCCACGUUCUCCAACCUUUUUGGAAUAUUCUCGGCUUUAAAUACAAACGUGGUAAGUGACUUCAUUUGAUUGGAGAAGGAGUUCAUUCACGUUUCGCUGUUUUCUCUCGAAAUCUACAGCGUUUCAUCUGAAAGAGGCAGAGGAUGGAGGCCGUCUUUCAGAAAAUUUCGACCACCUUCCGCGAAAAAUCUUCGCUUGCUAAAGUGUUGAUUGCUGCCACCGUCGGUGGCGGGAGCAUUAUAGGAUAUUAUUCUCAAGCUAGCUCUUAUGAUGAUUUAAGCUUCGCUGAUUCAUCCAUGACGGAUAAAAAGAAAAAGAGAAUAGUUGUUCUUGGAACUGGUUGGGCUGGAACAAGUUUCUUGAAAAACUUGAAAAAUUCUUCAUACGAUGUUCAGGUGAUAUCACCGAGAAACUAUUUUGCAUUCACACCAUUGCUUCCUAGUGUCACCUGUGGCACUGUGGAACCCCGCAGCAUUGUCGAACCGAUCCGCAACAUUGUCAAAAACAAAAAUGUUAAGAUUCAGUUCUGGGAAGCAGAGUGCUUCAAGAUUGAUCCAGAAAACAAGAAGGUCUAUUGUCGGUCUAAUGUGAAGGACAAUUCAAAUGAAAAUGCGGAACUUGUCGUUGACUAUGACUAUCUCGUGAUAGCCAUUGGAGCUCGUCCAAAUACAUUCAACAUUCCUGGUGUGGAAGAAAACUGCCAUUUCUUAAAGGAAGUAGAAGAUGCUAAGAAUAUACGCAGAAGCAUAGUUGAUUGUUUCGAAAGGGCUGCCUUACCCAACUUAACUGAAGAAGAGAGAAAGAAAAUUCUUCACUUUGUUGUGGUUGGUGGAGGUCCAACAGGUGUGGAGUUUGCAGCAGAGCUUCAUGAUUAUGUCAAUGAGGACUUGGUGAAACUGUACCCCUAUGUUAAAGAAGCAGUGAAGAUAACACUUCUCGAAGCUACAGAUCAUAUUCUGGGCAUGUUUGACAAAAGAAUUACUGAUUUCGCUGAGGAGAAAUUUCAGAGGGAUGGUAUUGAUGUUAAAACUGGGUCAAUGGUUACCAAAGUUUCUGACAAAGCCAUAUCCACGAAAGAACUUAAGAAUGGAAAGGAAUCCACUAUGCCGUAUGGCAUGGUGGUUUGGUCAACGGGUAUCGGAACACGCCCGGUAAUAAUGGAUUUUAUGAAGCAAAUUGGUCAGGCAAACAGACGAGUUCUAGCUACUGAUGAGUGGCUUCGAGUUCAAGGAUACGACAACAUCUACGCACUCGGGGAUUCUGCCACAAUAAAUCAGCGCAGAGUCAUGGAGGAUAUUUCUGAUAUAUUUAGCAAAGCAGAUAAAAAUAAAUCCGGGAAACUUUCUGUUAAAGAAUUUCGAGGUCUCCUCGAUGAUAUAUGCGAAAGAUACCCCCAAGUUAAACUUUAUUUGAAGCACAAGAAGAUGAAUAACCUUGUUGAUCUGUUGAAAGAAUCCAAGGGGAAUUCAGUAAGCGAAUCAGUUGAAGUGAAUCUUGAAAAUUUCAAGGCAGCUCUUGCCCACGUGGAUUCUCAAAUGAAGUCUCUCCCAGCAACAGCACAGGUUGCAGCACAACAAGGUUGGUAUCUCGCUGAUUGUUUCAACCGAAAGGAAGAGUGUGAGAAGAAUCCAGAAGGUCCUCUGCGUAUCAGGGGUGAAGGACGCCAUCGAUUCCAUCCUUUCAGGUACAAGCAUUUCGGACAAUUUGCUCCUCUUGGAGGAGAGCAGACAGCUGCUCAGCUCCCCGGAGACUGGGUUUCCAUCGGCCACAGCUCACAAUGGCUCUGGUAUUCUGUGUAUGCUAGCAAGCAAGUUAGUUGGCGCACAAGAUCCCUGGUUAUAUCAGACUGGGGAAGGCGAUUCAUUUUCGGAAGGGACUCAAGCUGCAUUUAAGGGAGACGAAUUGGAGCUCCCUCCCUGAUAUACACCUAUCAUCACUAAGUGAUUCUUUUCUAGUCGCGGCAUUUCUUGUUUUUUUCCCACUCUUUUCACGUAAACAUAUUUUUGAGGCCAAGAGGAUCAGGCUAUAUCCAAUUUUGUUGCAUUUCUUGUUAUCCAUUCUUUUCGCGUAAACGUAUUUUUGAGGCCAAGAGGAUCAGGCUCAGGCUCAGGCUCAGGCUACAUCCAAUUUUGUUGCUGAACGGACACUUGGUUCAGUUUUUGCUCAAAAUAAGCAGUUUUGGUUUCAAUGUUGAGGCUUUGAAUACAUUGGUAUUAUAUUGAUUUCAAUAAUGUUUUGCAAUGUGCAUGUCUGAGUUUUAGUUUUAAAACGCAACACAUUUUUACGUCCCAAAUAUGUAAUCAGCAUGGCAGAACAUCAUAUUUAUAUGUAUAUGUAUA